CACUUAUGAUCUUAUCACAUGUUUAUUACAGUGAUACAAUUUCUCAAUAACACAUUGAACCGUUUUACAGAACCAUUAUCGAGGAACAUAUCAACGUAUAUACUUGGUUGGAACUUACUUGAUCAACAUGCAGACCCUCAUAUUUACAGCUGAUGGUGAAACCCCCAAGUAUCCGUACAAAGCAAACGUUAUUCAUCAUCGAUUUUAUAUACCAACGACAGGAAACAACAUAACCGGAUUCAUAAGAUGGAAAAAGAAAAGCUUAUCAUCGGACUACCCUUUGUGCAAACACCAGCAGUACUUUAGUAGAGGUGAAUGUCGACACUAAUACCUCCUAAUUGAUCCCUGCUGAUCGAGCAGCUGCUCUUCCUGUUCAGUUGCUUCCCGCCGACAAACUUGUGGUGCCCCCCACAACGGAGCCACAGACAGGAGAUCCUUGUGAGUACUGCCUGCCCGGCAAGCCGUACUCCAUAAACCACGCUCAAGUCGGCCCAUAUCU